CUUAGUCUGGAAUAUCGAGGAACGGGAAUACCCUGGCCCUUUGAACCACUCUAAAUAUAUCGACCUAUAAUAGCAGCCGAGGAGACAAAGAAAGUCUGAACCAAAUUUCACAGCGACGGAGAUCUUCGUUGUCUCACGAGAUGUAGGUAAUAAAUUGACCCGGACAAUUAUUCCUAUCAGGGUUCCAACUUGGCUCCUGACUCAGGCCUCAGGCACCCAACCCAACAACGCCCAACCGACAACAUUAGGCAAAUCAGAAGACUUCAGUGAUGCAGAUUGCCACGUCGGAACCUGUCUGAAGGGGAACUUUUAGUCAUUGAAACGCAGGGUGACUGAUCCAAGAUGACAUAAUGAGGCAUCAACCCCGCAUUUGGCCAGAGAGAUAAAUAAUGCCCUAUCUUAUCUCUUCCCCUCACCCUGCAGUCUGGAGAUAUCAGGUAACCCUCAACAACCUUCCCAACUUCACUCACUCACCUACCUCGCCAUGACGAUGGAUACAGAGAUCAAGUACAUUCUCAGCCUCCAGGCCGUCCGUGAACGCGCUCACCGUGUGUUCCAGCUGGCUGAAGCCAACCAAAUCAACCAUUUCGAAUAUCACGAGGACCGCUUCGACGCCGCAGUUCAAUAUGUAGCCAACAUCAUCACGCGCGACUUUGGUCCAGACAAAUAUCAUCUGAUCCCCCCUCACGGCCGGUGGCAGCACUUCGACGUCGGUGGGAUAGCCCGUGUGAAGGACCUCCUUGCGCGAUGGGAAGCGGCGGGGUAUGACAAGGACGAACAAGCUCGCAGCCUAGUCGAUUUAUUCUUUGUCUCGGUUCUGCUCGAUGCUGGGGCAGGGGAUAAAUGGCGUUUCACCGAGCCGGGCAGUAAGACAACCAUUGGCCGCAGCGAGGGCAUCGCCGUAGCGACGUUGCAUAUGUUCAACGAUGGCGAGUUUGCUCUUCCAUCCAGUGAUCGAAAGGACAUUGUUCUAGGCGCCUCGCUCAAGGACUUCUCCGAUGCAACCCUAUCACGCGGCUUCCAGAUCACAGACGCUAACCCGUUCGUCGGGGUCCCUGCAAGAGUCGAACUAAUCAAGUCUCUCGGUCGCUCAUUGCUCAGCCUCCCCGAUAUCUUCGGUGACACAGGUCGACCUGGGAACCUUGUCGACUAUCUCAAAUCUCGCGCCGACGCGUCCAACCGUCUCGACUUCGAAGUAUUAUGGGAAACCCUGCAAAGCGUUCUCCUGCCCAUCUGGCCAUCCUCUCGAACGCAGAUAGACGGCCAUCCCGUCGGCGACGCCUGGCCCCUAAAGGCCCUGGCAGAUGACGCCCAGAAAGCCGGUCGCCAGUCCAAAUGCUCACACAUCCAGCCGUUCCACAAGCUGACGCAAUGGCUUGCAUAUUCCCUAAUGGUGCCGUUUGAGCGCCUGCUCGGGGUGGAGUGGAAAAACGCCGAGAUCGCAACAGGACUUCCCGAGUACCGAAACGGAGGACUGUUCGUUGAUUUAGGCGUUCUGACUCUGAAGGGCGAGAGUCUGCAGCGUGGAUUGGCCAACUCGGGUAGCGCUUUGCCUGCCUUUGAGGCGACGAGCGAUGAGAUUGUUGAAUGGCGCGCUCUGACCGUGGCGCUGCUGGACAAGUUGCAUGUUGCGCUGAGGGGCACUGAGUUGGGGAAGGAGAAGUUGAGCCUUCCUCAGGUGCUGGAGUCGGGGUCGUGGAAGGCUGGGAGGGAGCUGGCUGCGCAAAAUCGACCGGAGACCAAGUCUAGUCCGAUCUUGAUUUUGGGGGAUGGCACACUGUUUUAAGGCAGUGGUUAUUUCGGGGUUCUUGGUUGCACUGGAGAUGACUGGGUCAUUGGAUUGGAGGGUUUGGGGUGUCUAUGGUAGGUUCACUGGCUUCUAUGGAUCGUUUAUAUAUAAUCCAAGAUUUCAGGUCUGUAUGAGGAGUAUUCGAGGCAUUAUAUAGCACGGCUGGUACAUUAUACAUCAUCCAUGUAUA